CACGGCUCUGUUAGCUAAUGCGGACCGGCAUUCCCACAUGGAUCUUUGUUAAGGGGAGCCGCGAGGACGAAAUUCGGUCAUCAAGCCGAACAGGGGACGAAUGAGUGACGAGAAAUGACGUUGCUAGGAUGGUCCUGCUGGGAAGAUGAUGAAGGCAUCGCUCGGGAUCCAGUCCGCGUUUCUCUGCCUUGCCAUGAUCGCUAGCGCCGCCCGAUCCGAACCAGCCGACACCACCACGACAAACCCAGGACACACUCCCGAUCCAGCCCCGACCAGACCAGUCGUGAGGGUUAACACGACUUCACGGAGACUUGUGUUGGGUGGAAACAACAUGGAUGUAACGACAGAAGUCGUGACUAGGCCGUAUCCUUACGGGACGACGCAGCACAGGAAAAGGCACACUAUGCACUCAGUCAGAAGCCUUCCACGGACGGAUUUAGAACGGCAACUUGCACAGAACAUGGAUAGGAAAGACUCAGUACGAAAUGCUGUAGGAGAAAAGCUCGCGAUGCCUCGACAUGUGGGUAACACAAACAGCACCCACUUCGUCAAAAGAACUACCAGAGAACCGCAAAGCCUUAAGACGACCGAUAUUCCUGUAAGGAAUUCUACUUUUCUUAGCAGCACCCUUGCAAGACUGCAGAGCGGAGGCGUUAAAACGUCUUCUUCUAUCUGCCCUGAGUUUUGUUGCUUUAUGAACGUGUCUUGUCACUAUACCUACGACAUCCACCUGAAGCCUAAGUGCGGGUGUGCGGACGCGGGCGUGGCCGAUAACGAUACAAACACGUGUAAAGUACCGGGGAACUCCGACAUGAACUGGAUGUCUGUCUUAGAGCGGCCGCCGCAGGUACAGGGAACAUGUAUGGGCUCUGUAACCAAGCGGAGUUCGGAUAACGCCACGGGGCUGAAGCUACACUGUCACAUCGACCAGGUGCAGGAUUUUACCUACACCGUGCUGCAUUGGAAUGUGAGCCCGCCUGGGGGCGCUUUUCCGUUCCGCCCGUGCAUUAUGUUUGUGUACGUGAACAACACGGAGCCGCCGCAUUACGUGAAGACCACGGUGGACAUCGUGAUCCAGUACUUCGGCUUCGGUUUGAUCUUUCUGUUCAUCGGAGUCAUCAUGAGUUCCUGUAAGAACAUCAAGGCCUGACUGAAAGUUUUCGAAAAUCUAUCAUACAGCGAAAAUUGACGGAAGUUUUCGUACACAGAGAUGUAUUAUAACACAAAACACUGACU